UGCUGGCCUCCCUAUAAAGGGCCGGCCCGAGCUGCAGAAAAUCCUUGCAGAGGAUCCUGAGACAGCACAGGAUCUCCCACAGCCUCUGUCCACAGGUACCAUGAAGGUGUCCGCAGCUGCCCUUGCGGUCGUCCUUGCCGCUGCUGCCUUCUGCGCUCCUACAUCUGCCUCCCCAUAUGCCUCGGACACCACACCCUGCUGCUUUGCCUACAUCUCCCGUGCACUGCCUCGUGCCCACCUCCAAGAGUAUUUCUACACCAGCAGCAAGUGCUCCCUGCCAGCAGUCGUCUUUAUCACCCGGAAAAAUCGCCAGGUGUGUGCCAACCCAGACAAGAAAUGGGUGAGGGAGUACAUCAACUCUUUGGAGAUGAACUAGGAUGGAGGGCGCCUUGACGUUGAACUCCUGCAAAGUUCCCUAUUGCUUCUUGCUCUUGUCCUAACCUGUCAGCUUAGGAGGCUUCUCCCCAAUCACCUACUCCCACCCGCUGCUUAGAGGGCACGGAUUCCACCACACAGUGGCAGUUCUAAAAGCCUCCCCCAUCCGAAGCCUCCAAGAGCUCCUGAGGCUCUGCCUUGUGCACAGGAAGUGCGGAGGCUCUAACUUCAGGCUCCUCAGCUCAGCCAUGGCUCUGCGAUCAGGAAGUCAGCGUGCCUCUGGAGGCAAAGGGAGGAACACGGGGCUUCUGUGGUAAAGUGCUGUGGCCAAAGCUCCCACUCCGGCCCCUCACUGGGAUAGGCUGACUAGCAAAGGUGAAAAAUCAGCUUUCUAUUAAAAUUCUC